AUGGGCCUGCUAACGUUUCCGAUAAAAUAUGCUGCGAAAAAGGUGUUCGGAGAAUAUGAGAUUGGGAGCGCAUUUGAAGAUCCAUUUUUUGAAGAAGUGGAGUUCGAAAAGCGCUCGUUUUGGUCGGGAAGUACCAAAAUGGUAAAAAAACGUAGGGAUAAAAGUAUCCCUCAAAGUAUACCAGAAAGCGAUGGCAAAGUUCUACGACGCGUGCGUAAGAGAGCAUAUCGCUUAGAUAUGCUGUUCAACAUCGGGGGCAUCAGGUUUGGAUGGCUGGGUGUCAUAGGCAUACUCCCCGUCGUUGGUGAUUUCCUGGUGCUCUGGCUGUCGUUGUUGGUUUACAAAGAAGCGAUGAAGGUAGCAGGUGGCCUGCCUUCCACCGUGUCAGCCCAAAUGCUGAGCAACAUUGCGCUUGACUUCGGGCUUGGUUUGAUACCUUUUGUGGGUGAUUUUGUAUCGAUCUGCUAUAAGGCCAACUCGCGCAAUGUCUUGGUAUUGGAAAGACAUUUGAAAAACAGAUAUCAUCAAGUCGACGUGCCUCUCAAAUCGCCAGUGCCAUCUGCUGGUUCAACUUCUGCAAGAGCCCCAGCUUUGGCCUAA